UUUCUCUGUCUCUGUCUCUCGCUCUCGCUCCUUUUCUCUCCCUCUCCCCACCCCCAAACCAACUUCAGGGAUAGCGGUCUCAUUAUUAGUGACUUAAAUUGAUGCUUUUGAACCAGAAGACGCUGGGUGCUUUCGGUGACUAGCACCAUCUCCAUCCCUCUCUUCCCCAUUUCUGAGUUCUGCUUCUUUUAUUCCCGUUGCUACAAAGGCUGAAUGUUGCCUGGGUGGAAAGCGUAAUUGCUUUCUUUUCUAGGUCCUUAAACCCUUGGCUAAUGUUCCUGUCUGAGCAUGCCCAGAGCCAGGGUUCUAGGAGGGUCUGGCGCCUCUGAGCAGCUGAACCACGAAAUAAUGGAGUAGGGCCGGAGGGGUGGGGAGCGGGGCACUCUGUCGAUAAAAGAGCUCCCCUCUCUGCACGCCUGGCCGGCUAAUUGGCCAUUCUGGGAAAGGAUGGAUGGGGAGGGGGGCUUCUAAGAAUUGCUGGUGACAGCUUUGUCAAGCCAAUUCACCAAGUUGUCUCAUCCAAUACUCCCCAAGCCCUGUGAGGCCGGCCCUACCGGCCUUUAGGUGCUGUGCUGUGCUGAGGCCGGUCCAUGCCUGGGCCCCAGGAAAGCCCCUGAGGCGCCGGGAGCAAGAAACAUGCAGGGCACUGCCACGCCUGGGACCAGUCCGGGGCUGCCCACUGUGCACAGGACGACGCUCCUGGUCUGCAGCUUUAUCUUGGCAACAGCGUUGGGUCAAAUGAAUUUCACAGGAGACCAGGUUCUUCGAGUCCUGGCCAGAGACGAGAAGCAGCUUUCACUUCUCAGGGACCUGGAGGGCCUGAAGCCCCAGAAGGUGGACUUCUGGCGUGGCCCAGCCAGACCCAGCCUCCCCGUGGAUAUGAGAGUCCCUUUCUCAGAACUGAAAGACAUCAAAGCUUACCUGGAGUCUCAUGGGCUCGCUUACAGCGUCAUGAUAAAGGACAUCCAGGUUCUUCUGGAUGAGGAGAGAGAAACCAUGGCAAAAUCCCGCCGGCUGGAGCGUAGCACCAGUAGCUUCAGUUACUCCUCUUACCAUACCCUGGAGGAGAUCUACAGCUGGAUCGACAACCUUGUGACUGAGCAUUCAGACAUAGUCUCAAAGAUUCACAUUGGCAACAGCUUUGAGAAUCGGUCCAUUCUUGUCCUGAAGUUCAGCACUGGAGGUUCUCAGCGCCCAGCCAUCUGGAUUGACACUGGAAUCCAUUCUCGGGAGUGGAUUACCCAUGCCACCGGCAUCUGGAUUGCCAAGAAGAUUGUCAAUGAAUAUAGUAAAGGAGGUGUGCUGACAGACAUACUGAACGCUAUGGACAUCUUCAUAGAGCUUGUCACCAACCCUGAUGGCUUUGCUUUUACGCACAGCAUGAACCGCUUGUGGCGGAAGAACAAGUCCACAAGACCUGGCAUCUUCUGCAUUGGUGUGGAUCUCAACAGGAACUGGAAUUCGGGCUUUGGAGGAAAUGGUUCUAACAACAACCCCUGCUCAGAGACUUACCACGGGCCUUCCCCGCAGUCGGAGCCCGAGGUGGCUGCCAUCGUGAACUUCAUUACGGGCCACGGGAACGUCAAGGCUCUCAUCUCCAUCCACAGCUACUCCCAGAUGCUCAUGUACCCUUACGGCCACUCUCUGCAGCCUGUGGCAAACCAAGAAGAGUUGUAUCAUCUUGCCAAGGGUGCAGUGAAGGCCCUGUACGAGGUCCACGGCAUCGAGUAUAUUUUUGGCAGCAUCAGCACCACCCUUUAUGUGGCCAGCGGGAUCACCGUGGACUGGGCCUACGACAGAGGCAUCAAGUAUGCCUUCAGCUUUGAGCUCCGCGACACCGGGCGCUACGGCUUCCUGUUGCCAGCCUCCCAGAUCAUCCCCACGGCCCAGGAGACGUGGCUGGCGAUUCUCACCAUCAUGGAGCACACCCGGACCCACCCCUACUAGUCACCCUGUGCAGGCCAAAGCAGGGGGGCUCCUCCUCGUCCCCAGGGUGGGGCUGCUCCUGAAAUCCAAGCUCUGUAUUGUCACCCUACACCCUUGCCUGGACCCUGUAGGAAAUAAACAGUUUGAACGGGCUUUGCUGCCUCUACACGUAGGCUGCCGU